UGUCCCGCGUUCACUCAUCAAUCGAAGGCCCAAACCCCAAUUUCCUAGACGCAUGCGUAUCCAGAGAAUCUCUCUCUCUCCCUCUCCCCAAUGUCUGAAUCUGAUCAUCAUCAGCAAGAGCCAAAGAUCAACUUCUGGGGCGAUACGCCAGAAGACGAGUACUACAAUCUCAAAGGCGUAAUCGGUUCGAAUUCCUUCUUCAAUUCUCCCAGAGGUCUCAACCUCUUCACUCGAUCAUGGCUUCCGAUCUCAGACCCACCACGAGCUCUCAUCUUCAUGGUCCAUGGCUAUGGCAAUGACGUCAGCUGGACAUUCCAAGCCACUGCGAUCUUCCUCGCCCAGAUGGGUUUCGCUUGUUUCGCUCUCGACCUCGAAGGCCAUGGCAGAUCCGACGGCGUCCGCGGCUACGUCCCUUCCAUCGACGCCGUCAUCGGAGACUGCGUCUCGUUCUUCGAUUCGAUCAAGCGAGACCCCAAGUUCCAGGGCUUGCCUCGGUUCCUGCACGGAGAAUCGAUGGGCGGUGCGAUGUGUCUCCUGAUACAUUUCGCCGACACGUUAGGGUUUGAAGGCGCUGUUUUGGUCGCGCCCAUGUGUAAGAUCUCCGACAAGGUGAGACCCAGAUGGCCGAUUGAUCAGAUCCUGAUUCUGAUGUCCAGAUUCUUGCCCACUUGGGCGAUUGUACCGACGGAGGAUCUGUUGGAGAAAUCGAUCAAAGUGGAGGAAAAGAAGCCGAUCGCUGCGAAGAAUCCGAUGAGAUACAGGGGGAAACCAAGGCUUGGAACAGUCAUGGAGCUUCUUAGGGUUACAGAUUACUUGGGGGAAAAGUUAAAGGAUGUGAGCAUUCCCUUCAUCGUGUUACAUGGAAGUGCAGAUGUUGUGACUGACCCUGAAGUGAGCAGAGCAUUGUACGAGGAGGCCAAGAGCAAAGACAAGACAUUGAAGAUCUACGAGGGGAUGCUGCAUUCGAUGCUGUUCGGUGAACCAGACGAGAACAUUGCCAUCGUCCGAAACGAUAUUGUGGGUUGGUUGAAUGACAGAUGCGGAAACGGAGCACAGGUUUGAUGGUUUGUAAUAUGAUCUCGAUCAAAAAGUUCCAUGCUUUUUUAGUUCUAGAUAUAUGAAAUCAGCCAACCACAUUUGUAAAUUUAUCAACCAUAUAUUGUCUUGUUGGAUGAUUGUCGUUUGCAUUUGUUAAGCCUCAAAAAGUUUUGAUUUGCA